AUGAAAUGCUGGCAUUGCGGUCGGGCAGCGCCAGAUAUUGCCCAUGUGAUAAGCAAGAAGGACAACUCGUUGGCUGACUUUCAAUCGUUCAGCGACUAUGCUGCCUCCGGCCUCUUGACGUUUGAUCGUCUCGGAGAUGAGCAAAACGGUCUUCCUCUCUGUCCCUCGUGCCGCCGAACGUUUGACGACCUCAACAAUCCAGGCCUGAUCUUCAUUCCUACCGAGCUAGAAUAUUUCAUCGAUUUUGAGCGCAAAGACUACCAGAGUCGAAUCGAUACUGCGCAACGGCAAGGGGACAUUCCUCCACGAAUGGUUCCCACACCACAGAUGUAUUCAGAAUAUCUCACGAGACAAGAGCUCGUGUCUUCUGACGCGGUCGGCGGCCUAUACUGGCGGUAUACCCUGCGAGAUUUCCUCCCCGACUGUUGUGACAAGAGCUUCAUCCCAGGGUUGGGUCCCUUCAAAGAGCCAGGGCUUCGGAAUCCCAACUGGACCAGCUAUGCGUCCGACGCUACGCAAUCUCUACGCCCGAGAGAUCACACGGACGAAGCUGCAUGA